ACCGGUUUCAAAGGUUCUCCCUUGUUUUUGGGUGGCCGGGGCGGUGUGACCCAGUAGGCACCCUCUGUUAUUGGUUUCAACAAGCCACGUGCUGCCUCAACACGGCUUGCAUUUGUCACAGACCUGAUGCAGGGGUUGUGACCGAGCCAGAAAGCACUGGAUCCAGACCACCCAGGGGUUGUUUCGAGACAGAAAGGGUUUCCCUCCUCUGGUCCAGACCAGUUGUGAAUUCAAAAGAAAAGGCUCACUGUGCCCCGUGUGAGAGAGGACGGUUGGCCAGGGCACUUUGCUUGCCACCCUCCACGCCCGACGUGGUGCCUGCAGCCACGCAAAGCAAGCCCUGCUGUCGUCACCCGACGGGACGCCCGGCCAGCGAGGGAACAGCUUGCCCCUUGCCAGGGGAGAGGGCCUGCCAGAAAGGAGCAGAGGGGCUGAGAGUGCUUGGCACCUUCUGGCACCUCCCUGGGCGAGGACAACUGUGCCACCGCCACCAAGGGCCUCAGAGACGGGCAGGCAAAAUGGCCUCGGUCUUCAGGAGCGAGGAAAUGAGCCUGAUGCAGCUCUUCCUGCAGGUGGAGGCUGCCUACUGCUGUGUGGCCGAACUUGGGGAGCUGGGUCUGGUCCAGUUCAGAGAUCUAAAUGUGAAUGUCAACAGCUUCCAGAGAAAGUUUGUGAAUGAAGUGAGAAGGUGCGAAUCCUUGGAGAGGAUCCUGCGUUUUCUGGAAAAUGAGAUGGAAGACAACGUUGAAAUAGUCAAACUAGAAAAGUACCCAGAGACCCCCCUGCCUCGGGAAAUGAUUGAUAUGGAGACCAUGCUGGAGAAACUUGAAGCUGAGCUGCUGGAAGCAAACCAGAACCAGCAAACACUGAAGCAGAACUUCCUUGAGCUGACAGAGCUCAAACAUCUGCUGAAGAAAACCCAGGACUUCUUUGAGGCAGAAACCAAUCUGCCAGAUGAUUUUUUCAGUGAAGACACAUCUGGACUGCUGGAGCUGAGAAGCACUCCUGCUGCUGCAGCUGCCAAGCUGGGAUUCACAGCAGGGGUAAUAAAGAGGGAAAGGAUGAUACCCUUUGAGCGUUUACUGUGGCGAGCCUGCAGGGGAAACAUCUACCUGAGGUACACUGAAAUGGACACCCCCCUGGAGGACCCUGUGACAAGAGAAGAGGUGAAGAAGAACGUGUUCAUUAUCUUCUAUCAAGGAGAGCAGCUUAAACAAAAAAUCAGGAAGAUUUGUGAUGGAUUUCGUGCCACCGUCUAUCCCUGUCCAGAGUCUGCCACCGAGCGCCGGGAAAUGCUUGAUGGAGUCAACACGAGGAUUGAGGAUUUAAACACAGUGAUAACCCAAACCGAGUCCCACCGCCAGCGACUGCUGCAUGAGGCAGCAGCCAACUUGUGGUCCUGGGGGAUUAAGGUGAAGAAAAUCAAGGCCAUCUACUACAUCCUGAAUUAUUGUAACAUUGACGUCACUCAGCAGUGCGUCAUUGCAGAGAUCUGGUUCCCAGUGGCUGAUGCUGGCCGGAUAAAAAAAGCUCUCCAUCAGGGAAUGGAGCGCAGUGGCUCUACUAUCGCCCCUAUCCUUACUGCUAUACACACCAGGAUGGCACCACCCACCUUCAACAGGACCAACAAGUUCACAGCUGGAUUUCAGAACAUAGUGGAUGCAUAUGGUGUGGGCAACUACAGGGAGAUGAACCCAGCUCCAUAUACUAUCAUUACCUUCCCCUUCUUGUUUGCGGUGAUGUUUGGGGACUGUGGCCAUGGUGCUGUCAUGCUGGGCUUUGCACUCUGGAUGGUCAUUAAUGAGAAGAGCCUUCUGGCCCAGAAAAGCACUAAUGAGAUCUGGAACACCUUUUUCAGCGGGCGCUACCUGAUCUUGCUUAUGGGCAUAUUCUCCAUGUACACUGGCUUCAUCUACAACGACUGCUUCUCCAAAUCCAUUAACAUCUUUGGCUCUUCCUGGCAUGUCAUCCCCAUGUUUAAAAAUAGCACUUGGAAUAAGGAUGUGCUUCUGGACAAUAUGGUGCUGCAGUUGGAUCCAGCAGUCCCAGGAGUCUACUCUGGAAAUCCAUAUCCAUUUGGAAUAGAUCCGAUCUGGAACAUUGCACCGAACAAGCUGACUUUCCUGAACUCCUACAAAAUGAAGAUGUCAGUUGUCAUAGGGAUUGUGCAUAUGAUUUUUGGGGUGAUACUCAGUCUCUUCAACCACAUUUACUUCAAGAAAUACAUAAACAUUAUCCUUCAGUUCAUUCCAGAGAUGAUUUUUAUUAUCUCUCUUUUUGGCUACCUGGUCUUCAUGAUUAUUUUCAAAUGGUGUCAUUUUGAUGUCCACUCAUCCCAGAGUGCACCAAGCAUCCUCAUCCACUUCAUCAAUAUGUUUUUGUUCAAUUAUGGUGACACUUCAAAUGCUCCAUUAUAUCUGCAUCAGAAAGAAGUGCAGAGUUUCUUGGUCAUAUUUGCUCUGAUUGCUGUUCCCUGGAUGCUUUUAAUUAAACCUUUCAUCCUCCGAGCCAACCACCAGAAAGCACAGCGCAUGAUUCAGUCUCAAGCCAUCUCAGGAAACCCUGGAGGUGAAAAUGAGGUAGAUGUUCCAGAGACCAGUUCCUCCAAGAAAGGUUCCCAUGGAGACAACGGUGGUGGUCAUGAAGGACAUGAUGAUGAUGAAGAGUUUGAUUUUGGAGACACAUUUGUCCACCAAGCUAUCCAUACCAUUGAAUACUGCCUUGGCUGCAUCUCCAACACAGCAUCCUACUUGCGGCUCUGGGCGUUGAGCUUAGCCCAUGCACAAUUGUCAGAGGUCCUUUGGACCAUGGUGAUGCACAAUGGAUUCAACAACAGUGGCUGGGCUGGCCUCAUCGUCAUCUUCAUUAUCUUUGCAGCAUUUGCAGUGCUAACGGUAGCCAUCCUGCUUGUAAUGGAGGGGCUCUCAGCCUUCCUGCAUGCCUUGCGUCUGCACUGGGUUGAGUUCCAGAACAAGUUCUAUGUGGGAGCUGGGUACAAAUUUUCUCCGUUCUCCUUCAAGCACAUCAUCAGUGGCACCGCAGAAGAGUGAAGCCAAUGGAUCGCUGCUUCACUCCUCAGACCAGGUUCUACUUUCUUAUGGUCACUUACCCACGGAGUAGCGUAUAUGGGAUGAAACAGAAUUGGAUGUGGCCCUUGAAAGAAGAGCAGCUGUAGAUGAAGAUGUCCUAGCUACUUUCACAUAUACUGCUGUAUCUGCUGAGAGCUGGACUACAUCAGCCAGGCUGGCUGGACCUUUGGCUGAGUAUCUCCACUCAAGUACCAUGUACCUGGUCCUCAGCAUUUGAUCAGAUCGGUUGCCUACUGCUGGGUUGAAAAGAGGAGACACAGCUUUUGAAUUAAAUCACUUAUUAAUGAUCAACUCCCAUGUGUUUUGCUCCAUUUACUGACUUGUCUUUGUGACAUAUUUCUCUCUGAGGGAAAUAUGUUUCAGCUGUGUUUCAAGAUGUGGUUGAUCAUAUGGCAUGAUUAAGUCCCUUAUAAGAUUGCAGCCUUUGUUUAGCGCACAAUGCAAACCAGCUCAAAAACAGAUCAUAUUGCAGGCUUGCAAUUUUCUACAUGCUUUACUACAACAACCGUCUUUUUAUCUGAUUCACUCCAGGGCUUGACAGUGCUGGAUUAUAGAAAUUUGCACACAUCAUCACUUAACGAAAGUGUUAGUUUUGAGCUGGGUAAAUAAAGGAAUGUGCCAGUUUCCACAUUGGCAGCCAAUUUAUUUAUCUCUAUUGAUUUGUUUUUCACUGGAGACUUAAGAUGACUCCCCCUGUGCUGUAGUUUUCAAGAUGGGUUGUUAAAACAGACUGUGUAGAAAUGCUAAUACCUAACAAACAGAAAGAAGAGAGGGCUCAAAACCAUCGAGAUUAAUUUGAAGUACUGAUGUAUUGUGAUCUUCCUAAAUAUUAAUGAAUUAUUGAUCUUUCAAAUUGAACAGUGUCAAUCAUAACAGGCGACUUUUUUUUUUUUUUAAACCACGGAGGAUGUGAAAUCCCAACACAUCACCACCAAUGGAUGUGGAGGUGACUAGUCCCUUCCAUGGGGUGUCACCAAACAAGCCCUGUUUUCAAACCUCACACCCCUGACACACAGCUCCGCCAAAGAAACCCACCUGGAAGUGUUCCCAGCAGGACACACAGUGGAAUAUCAUCAGGAGACAGGAGUCUGCAGCAAUCAGGCUUGGAGGCCGCCUUCCUGCUAGAGUGACCGGGGAGAAAAUACAGCCCCAGGCAAAGCAGUUCUUCUACCUUUUCCCUUGCAGUCUCAAGAAGCCAUAAAGCGCUGGGCACCAAUUACCAACACAGUAACAAGCCUUUUUCCCUUUUAACACCAGCCUGGGUUUUGAAGCAGUAGCUGGAGCUGAGAAGAGAUGGGAAUAGGAGAGUGUCCAUGACCCACACGUGGCCUCAUGUCACUGGUUCUUUGGGCAUGGGUAACCUGUGGUACAGGCAAAACCCACAUAGACAUGAAUGCAGUUGGUGUCACUGUUGCUCAGUGUAAGCACAUCACCUUCAUUUCCUCCUUCCAGCCUAUUUUGUUGUAUUCCUAUUCAGGAGAAAAGCUGUCUUGAAACAGGAAAGGCCAAACUAGUUUCAUGCAUUACCAAACUCAGAGAAAACAAUUUGCUUUAUGAAACAGUGGGCAGAUUUUCUACACAAACACUUAUAUUCAUUGCACCCUUCCAUGUGAUUGCAACGUAACUGAGAAGGAGAUUACCUGAAACAGAAUAUGUGUUCCUUUUAGAGCUUCUUCUUGGUGUUUUGCUUUUUGUCUGAGGUUUCCAUUUUAAGCAGGAAAAACAAGUAAUCCUGUGAAUACUGCAGGUGACAAGAUGGUCUGUUGUUUACUGUACUGAAUGGUGAUUCAAACAUUUGGCUUAAUUCUGUGUUCAGCUUUCCCUUUCUGUGCACAAGUGAAUAACGCAGCAGAGCUGUGGCUCACUCGAGCAUUUGUCAUAGAGGGAUGGCACUUCCCCACUCUGCAAGAGGACCAAGCCCAUUUAUAAUCACGGGGUAUUCAGAUUAAAUAUUGCUGAGAGGCAGAGUUGUCCUUAUACACUUCGAGGAGAGCCCUGCCUUUCAUCUGGGUUAUUUUUAAGACUUCUUUAAAAACCCAGAAACGUUCCAGAGAGUGUCUUGUUUUUAAAAGGCUUGCCUGCAGAAGAUGAGGGGGUUUGUGGAGCAGAGCAGUGCCUGCCUGUUCACCUGCACAGCUGCCAAGCUGAAUGGGACCACGUCUUCUAGCUGGUUCUGGGAAUGUGGCCACCAGAUGUGGUAAGAUCCAGCAGACACCACUGCUACAGCCUCAUAGACCUUGGUACAAGACCCCGGUGUCUUUAUCUGAACUUUGCCCAUUGCUGGAGGAGUGACUUGUAAUUACCUGACAGAACUCUUCCCAAGUCGGGACCUCAGCUUGCCUCUCCAGGGUGGACUUGGGGUGGGGGCCUAGGGAGGAAUGGCUGCUUCUGGAUCCAAAGCUCAUCCCAUUGCUAGGAAGGUGUUUGUUGCUGAGAGAUGGUGACAUGAGUUUUUUCAUUUUGCAGGAAAUUAAUACAAAAAACCUCAGUGAAUGACCAUGUAGGAAGGAAAAGUGAUAAAAAUCAAACUGGUUUCAGUCACAGUCAUUCUCCCCUGGCUUUUUUAUUCCUUCUCACCAGAGCUAUCGCUGUGUGUAGCCAGUUGCUAUAUUGUGGCUUUAUUUCUGCUACAGU